CCUUUCGGCCUUCUUUUCAAUUUUCACUCUUCCACUGUGACUUUCAGCCCCGUCACAGAAAACCCUAAACCCCUCUCUCUCUCUCUCUCUCUCUUCUCGCCACAGUCGUUAUCGCAAUAGCUUGCUAAUCGACUGUCACAGCUGGUUAGAAAAAGCUUUGUGGAUGGCUUACUUAAGAAAUGGCAGAAAUGUCAUCCGUCAAAUCAUUAAAGACACCAACAUCCAUGGCUCCGACUCGGAUCGCAUGAUAAAUCCUCUGCUCUAUGCUUGUCAAGGAGUUAGGUACAGAAAGUUGGAGGUCAUUCUAACAACGAGCGUAGAAAAGCUUGGCAAAGCUGGCCAGACAGUGAAGGUUGCGCCCGGACAUUUUCGCAACCAUUUGAUGCCCAAGUUGCUUGCUGUCCCAAACAUUGAUAAGUAUGCUUAUCUCAUCAAACAGCAGCGGAAGAAUUGCCUGCUUCAAGAAGAGGAAGAGGAGGAGGUUAAAGUAGUUACUGUGUCUGAGGAAGCUAAGCAGAGGGAAUAUCAGAAGGCAGCAAAAAUUCUGGACAAUGCUCGUCUGGUACUGAGGAGGUCUAUCAAUCUUGAAAAGUUCCGUACACGUGCAACGAAAGAAGACGCUAUAGAAUUGAAAUCCCCUGUGACAACGGAAGAUCUUGUGGCUGAGGUGGCAAGGCAGCUUUGUGUGCACAUUCUACCCGAAAACGUGCAUCUCCCAUCUCCUUUGUUAACUGUGGGAGAGUAUGAGGUGCCUUUGCGUCUUCCGAAGUCCAUCCCUUUGCCGGCGGGGAAGAUUCAAUGGACUCUUAAUGUUAAAAUCCGUACUGCAUAAACACUGGUCGUUUCAAAUGGAUUCUCUCAUAAUGUCGUGAGGUUCACUGUUCCGGUUUUCGUGGUAUAAUUGUUGUAUUGCCUGAUAUACUUUGGGAUUGAAGUCAUUCCUAUAGUAACCCCUGGUUUAA